AUGACGGGCGCCUCCCGGGAUGUUCCCAAAUAUGACAUAGUCAUCGUCGGUGCUGGCCCUGUUGGCCUCAUGCUGUCUACUUGUCUGGCCAGGUGGGGCUACAAGAUCAAGCAUAUUGACAACCGGCCGGAACCAACCAAGACGGGCCGUGCUGAUGGCAUUCAGCCGCGCUCUCUUGAUCUUCUUCGCAACAUGGGCCUCAAAACUCACAUCAUGGCCCACAAACCCGCUCGUGUCUUCGAGGUUGCCUUCUGGGAUCCCGUGAGCAAAGGUGAUGGCAUCGCGAGGACCGGCACAUGGGCGAGCUGCCCCAGCUUCAUCGACGCGCGGUAUCCCUUCACCACUCUCCUCCACCAGGGCCUCAUUGAGCAAGUAUUCAUCUCAGACCUUACCAAGAACAACGUCAACAUUCAGCGUCCGUGGACAAUCUCAGGCUUCACUUCAGACGUCGCGCAAGACCCAGAGUACCCAGUCGAGGUGCAGCUGGAACACCAAGAUGGAGGUGCUCAGGAGACGGUCCGUGCCAAGUAUCUCUUUGGCGGCGAGGGUGCGAGAUCUUUCAUCAGGAACCAGCUCAACAUCGGCAUCAAGCACAAGGAUCCCAUUGAGCACGUAUGGGGUGUCAUGGACGGCGUUGUCCGGACCGACUUUCCCGACAUCAAGAUGAAGUGCACCAUCCACAGCCCGCACGGCUCCAUCAUGGUGAUCCCCCGGGAGAAUAACAUGGUGCGCCUGUACAUUCAGAUUGCCUCGUCGACCGAUGCCGACUGGAACCCACGAAAGACGGCCACGGAGGCAGAUGUCCAAGCUUCGGCGAAGCGCAUUUUCCAACCGUAUCAUGUAGAGUGGGAUCGUGUCGAAUGGUACUCGGUGUACCCAAUCGGUCAGGGUAUUGCCGACCGCUACACGUUGGAUCAUCGUGUCUUCCUCGGUGGCGAUGCGUGUCACACUCACAGUCCCAAAGCAGGUCAGGGCAUGAACACCGCUUUCCUGGACGCCCAGAACUUGGCCUGGAAGAUCCAUCUGGUCGAAGCUGGCUUCGCCCACCGGAAUCUGCUGGCAACGUACGAAACCGAACGUAAGCACGUAGCGGAGGCUCUCCUCGACUUUGACAACAAGUACGCCAAGCUAUUCUCGCAACGGCCUGAUGCGGCGACAGAGGCGCAGGCUGCUUCCCGCAAUGGGCAAGCCGAUGCCGGUGACAAUGAUUUCAUCAGGGCCUUCAAGGAGUCCUGCGAGUUUACCAGCGGCUACGGCGUUGCCUACAAGUCAAAUGCCCUCAAUUGGUCGCCAGAGCACCCCGCCCAGUCGCCGUUGAUCAACCCUAGUGGGUCGAAGCUGCGUACAGGCCGCCUCUUGAUCAACGCCAAUGUGACGAGGGUCGUUGACGCGAACGUCGUCCAUCUCGAACAAGAGGUGCCCAUGAAUGGCUCCUUCAGAAUCUUUGUCUUCGCAGGCAAGCCAUCAAAGACCAGCCGCGCUCUGAGCGACUUCGCGGACGGACUCCAGGCCAGGAAUUCGUUCUAUGCAACGAACCAGCGGUCGGAUAUCGACAUGGUGUCUUACCAUGAGACGCACAACCCUCACAGUCACUUCUUCACCAUAUGCACCAUCUUCGCAGCGACGAGAAGUAGCAUUGAGAUUGCGCGCGACGUUCCCAAGCUGAUGGCACGAUAUCGCGACCACGUUUAUGCCGACGACCUCUGGGACCGAAGGGUGCCGGAAGCAAAGGCAGCCGCACAUGCCAAGAUGGGUCUGGAUGAAGAGAAGGGAGGUGUUGUGGUUGUCCGACCUGACGGCUACGUGGGUGUUGUUGUGGGUUUGGCAGAAGGUUCUGGCACCGUUGACGCGUUGAAUGAGUACUUCGCUUCCUUUGGCGCGAAGCAGGCGAGACUGUCUGCGCAACUUUGA